CCCCUUCCACUUUCUUAGAAGCACAUGAUAUGAUAGCCAUGAUCUAUAAAACAAAAGGGCAGUCACAAUGAUAGUAUGAGACACAACUAAUCCACGAGAAAUGGAGAGAGAUUUGGAGGAAGGAAAAGAGAUAAAUUGGGAAACCAUUUCAAUGCUAAGGAAGCCUUAUCUGGCAGCCUUGGGCGGACAGUGGGACGUCAUGAAAAGCUUCUUCGAAAAAAAUCGCGCGCAACUCUGUUCUCAUAUGACAGUAGAAGAGGACACUCCGUUUCAUAUUGCAGCAUACAGUGAAGGAAAGGAACUGCUUCAACAUUUGGUUAAGUUACUACCAGCCUCCUCUAGUUUGUUCGAAGCCUUAAACAAGAAGAACCAACAUGGUUAUAAUACUUUUCACGAGGUGGCCGCGACUGACGGAGUUGAAACAGCAGAUUUCUUGGUUACGAGACUCCAAGAGGUUUGUGGACCAGACGAAGGCACACUAGAAGAUCUUCUCAAGGCUGAAAACAAUCUGGGUGAAACCCCAAUAUAUAGGGCCGUUGCCCACGGUCAGACAAAAAUGGCCAAAUAUUUGGCUACUAAAGUUGGGGAUUUAAGUUCUCACUUUCGAAGAAGAAAAGACAAAAUGUCCAUUCUCCAUAUUGCUGUCAUAGGCCAACACUUUGACACCGCUAUAUGGCUACUGAGAAAGGACAAGGAACUUGCAAAAAGGGAGGAACAAAAUGGCCUGACAUGUCUUCACCUGCUAGCGAAAAUGCCACAUGUUUUCAGAAGUUAUUCGGAAUUUUCCCACAUGGGCAAACUGAAGAAAUUCCUCUAUAAUUGCCUUCCUAGUCAGUUCGAGGAUGAUGACGUUUCUGAUGAUGCAAUUUUAAUUAAAAGAGACAGAGCUACGUGGAGGGCCAUAGCUAAAGUAUCGAAGGUAAUCAAGGGACUUUGGACAAUGAAGAUAACGCAUGCAUUAGCUUCAAGACUCACCGAGUUGCUGGUAGAGGCGGAUUCUACGUGGGCCGAAACCCAUAAAGGCAAAGUAGAAGACAAGACAAUUUCCUUAGGUGACAUUGAUAAGAAAGGGAUAGAAGAAGUAACACUCACAAUUGAAGUAGCAGGAGAAGGCAAAAUCCAGACAAAACCCAAUGAGAGAAAAUAUCGUUGCACUCCAAAUGAGAUACGUACCCCAUUACUUACUGCAGCUAGCGAAGGCAUAGUAGAAAUAUUUGACAAGAAAAUUGAAGCGCACCCUCAGGCAAUUGAGCACCUCGAUAAAGAUGAGGAAAACAUACUGCAUGUGGCCGUUGCUCACCGACAGAAAGAAAUCUUUGACCGCUUAGAGCAGAUGAUGGUGAUAAGGAAAUGUAGAUUAGUUUCAAGGAUUAACAUAAAUGGCUACACCUUAUUGCAUCAAGUUGCAGACAUGAAGUAUUAUCAAGGAGACAAAGCUGGUCCUUGUUUCCAAUUGCAAGAGGAGUUGGAAUGGCUCGAGCGGGUGAAGAAGAGAAUUCCCACUCAUUAUGUCCUGCACCGUGACAAUGCUGGUAAUACUGCAAAAGAGAUUUUCAAUGAUCAACAUGCUGAACUUCUCAAGAGGGCGCAAAAGUGGAUUAAGGAGACUGCUCAAUCGUGCUCUGCCGUCUCUGUACUUGUCGCCUCUCUCGUUUAUGCAGCUGCCUACCAACCCCCAGGAGAUCUUGAAAGUGAACGUAACACUGUGGCCUUCAAGCUCUUCACAGUCAUGGAUGUUACCGCCCUUGCGUGCUCCUUGACAUCUGUUGCCACGUUCCUCUCGAUCCUCUCAUCUCCUUUUGAGUUUGAAGAUUUCGGCACAGCUCUCCCGCGGAAGCUGUUAGUAGAUUUCUCGUUGCUCUUCAUAUCCGUGAUAACGACCAUGAUUUCUUUCGGAGCAACUAUUUUUCUCAUCCUUCAUUUUGAAAAGAAAGCUUGGACUAAUACCCUGAUUUAUACCGCUGCAUUCUUUCCUGUGUCUGUGUUUGCGCUUACACAAUUCCCGUUGUAUUCUGCAUUCACCAAAACCUUGAAAACUCUAUUCAAGAUAAUAGUGAAGGUGGUGAAUCCCCGGAAACUCAUUCCUCGUUACUUGAGGACCUCUAAAAGCAAGACUUAUUGAGAUUUAAUGUGAGAGGUCUCUUGAGAAUAAACGUUUUUACUUUUGGAUUUUCAUUAUGUAAUGGGGUUUAUUUAGUUCCCAUCAUGAACUAAAAAUGUCAAAGAUGGUCUAUUAUCAUAUUCCAUUAUUUCCAUAUCAUUGUAUUAGCUUGAUCAAUAUAUAUA